AUGCAAUUCUCACGUAUCUCUGCCCUUGCCCUCGUCGUUGUCCUUGCGGACUUCAGCAUUGCUCUCCCCGUCGGCAAGGACUCAUCGAUUGCCGCUUUAGGCCAAUUAGUCCCAGCGGAUGCCGCCAAAAUGAUCCCUCGCCAUGCAGGAAACCCCGGAUACGAGGCUGCUCAAGCAGGAGAGGGUCCAUUGGCCCCAGCCCACCCAACUGAGAUCCACCCAGCUCCAGUCCAACCAGUUGUGAUUCACCCAACUCCAGUUCACCCAGCUGCAGUCCACCCAGCUCCAGUCCACCCAGGUACUGUUCAGCCCGGUGAUGCCCAAACCGCCGAUGUCCAACCCGCUGAUGUCCAACCCGCCGAUGUCGACCCUGCCAACAUUGAACAAACCGGAUUUCACCCUACCAUCAACCAAGCGGAGCAGGUACAAAACAACCAUGGAAAUUCUUUGAUCGAUGUCGACCCCCAGGUUCUUAUUCCUAUUGAUCUCGACUGCGUAGGAAUCGCUGUCUGCAACCCGGUUACAGUCAACAGAGAGGGAAGCACCAGUGCAUAA